AUUUUUCUUAAAAAAUCGGCUUUGAUUUCGCAAAUUCCGAACAAAUUCCGAAUGAGGAGGAGGAGAAUUAUUUCUCUCUCUCGAGGUUCUGCUGUUUGCGGUAGAAUCUCCCUUUGGGUCUCAAUGGCUAUAAAUUCAUUUGAUCAGUAGACUACCAUUUUGCAUAAUUGCAGUGAUCUUUAUCUACCUUAAUCCCCCUCCCUUUAUCGGGUAGUUUGGAAGCACAAGUAACUAUGCUUCUGCGAACUGUGUUGAAUGGGACUACUGGAUUGAAAUCGAGCUUCUUGCGGGUGACGAAGAGGUCGUUGUAUGUGUCAGGCUUCGAGAGGGCUUCGAGAGAUGGGGAGCUCAGAGUUUUCGUUGUUGCUGGAGAGGUUUCUGGCGACAUUAUUGGGUCGCGUUUCAUGAACUCUCUGAAGAAACUUUCUCCUUUCCCUGUCCGUUUUUCUGGUGUGGGAGGAUUGAAGAUGGCACAACAAGGGUUAAGUUCGAUAUUUCCAAUAGAAGAUAUCGCAGUAAUGGGCAUCUGGGAGUUGCUGCCUCAUCUCAACAAGUUCAGGGUCAAGUUGAAAGAGGCUGUUGAGUCAGCUAUUACUUUCCAGCCACAUGUUGUGCUAACAGUGGACUCUAAAGGGUUUUCCUUCCGUUUCCUGAAGAAAUUGCGCUCUUUGUAUAGUCACCAAAAAUUGACCAGUCCUCAGCAUUUUCACUAUGUUGCACCGUCAUUCUGGGCAUGGAAAGGAGGUGAAGCAAGGCUUAAAGGUCUUUCUGAGUUUGUUGAUCAUGUCUUCUGUAUCCUUCCAUUUGAGGCAGCGAUCUGUAGAUCAAAUGGAUUAGCUGCAACAUUUGUGGGACAUCCAACAUUAGAAGAUGCAUUGGAGCUGAAGAUUAACAAAUGCAUAGAUGAGUGGAGAGUUGAUGGCAAUGGAGAUGCAUUUCGGGAAAACAAUGGGAUAUCUUCAGGAUCAACAAUCAUUUCUGUGCUUCCUGGAAGCCGACUGCAAGAAGUUACACGUAUGCUUCCAAUAUAUUCACGCACUAUGGAGCUGCUCAAAGGCACCUUCUCAGAAUUGACUGCAGUUAUUCAUGUGGCACCCAAUAAACAGGUUGAAGAGCAUAUCAAGAAAGCAGUCGAUGAGUGGCCUAUACCAGUUAUCAUGGUUGGAGGUGAAUCUGCAUUAUUGAAAUACAACUCCUUUGGUGCAAGUAAAGUAGCACUGUGCACAUCCGGGACGGUUGCAGUGGAAUUGCAGCUUGCACGUUUACCUUGUGUUGUUGCGUAUCGCGCCCAUCGCAUAACUGAAUACUUCUUUCAAUACAAAGCAAAAGUGCCAUACAUCUCGUUGCCUAAUAUCGUUCUAGAUUCACCUGUAAUACCAGAAGCUCUUUUCAAGAAGUGCACUCCAUCAAAGCUAGCUUCAUUGCUUGUGGACUUGAUAAACAAUGAUGGUCUUUGUCGAAAGCAGAUUUCUGCGGCUGGCAAGUUUCUGAAAUUACUCGAUCCUCAGAAUUCCGUCCAGAAUGAAACUCGACUUAUUGAGGAUAAAGCCCCGAGCAUGAUAGCUGCAUCGGUGGUUUUAAACUGUAUGAAUUUUGUAGCUUAACAAAUUCUUUUAUGUUUUGAAAUGUUUGUGAUUAAACUAACAAAUCAUUUUUUAUGAAAUGUAAACUGCAGUCGUUACUCUUUGAGCGAGCUCUGAGUUACCUGAGGUGUGGCUGAUUUGAAUCUAUGAUCUCAUGGUCAUGAGUUAAGACAUUCUUGUUUUGUAGCAAUUUAAUUGAGUUAUUUUUGUCGGUAUAGUAUGAAUUAUUCCCUCAGUCCUAAUAAAUUGGU